AUGCUGGAGAAUUUUGGGAACCUGGUCUGCAUGGGACUUGCAGGAUCCAAACCAGAUGUGAUUCAUCAGCUAGAGCAAGGGGAAGUAGCCUGGAGGCCAAGGGAAGGCUUAUCCAGAAGCAGCGGCCCAGAUUGGGAAACUAGACUUGAAAACAAAGAGUUCAUUUCAGCACUGGGCACAUUUAUAGAAGAAUCUUCCAGGGAAAAACUCAGAGUGGACAGACCUUGUGUCUUAAAGUUGAGAGAAGCCUGGGAAUGUGAUGCCAACUUAAAGAGCCUACAGAAUCAUGAGGAGAAACAUUCUAGUGAAGUAAAAAUCACCCAGAGGAAGUGGUGCAGCAAAGUGAAAAACCAGGAAUAUACUAAGAAUGGCAGAAGCUUUGGUUUAGAAUCAGUUUUUUUUUCAAAAUUGAUUGCUCCUAAGGAUAAUGAGAAUGAUAAUUCAUUUAAUAAUCAUUCAGACCUUAUGGAAAAUCAUAGAUUAUGCACUGACGAGAAACCUUAUGACUAUAUUGAAUGUGGGAAAACUUUCCUUUGGUCAACAGAACUUACCACCAGAGAAAUCAUACUGAAGAGAAACCUUUUGAAUGUAAGGGCUAUGCUUACUUCACACCAGAGAAUCCAUACUGCAGAGAAACCAUAUGAAUGGAAUGAAUGUGGGAACGCCUGUCAGUGGAGGUCUCUGAUUGUAGUCCAUCACAGAAUUCAUACAGGAGAGAAACUUUUUAAAUGUAAUGAAUGUAGGAAAGCCUUUGGCCUUGGUGGACAGCUUACUUCACACCAGAAAUUUCAUACUGGAAAGAAUCACUAUGAAUAUAAUGAAUGUGGGAAGACCUUUUGCAGGAGAUCCCAUCUUAUUGGACAUAAGACAUAUCAUAGUAGAGAGAAACUUUAUGAAUGUGAUGGAUGGGAAAAAUCAUUUUGA